AUGGCUUGGCUUAAGGAUUUUGUUGUCAAGGCUGGGGAGGAGUAUAAGAAACAAAUACAGUUGCAGCAACAACAGCAGCAAAGGCACAGAGAGUCAGGGUAUGGAUAUCAACAACAGGGAGGGUAUCAAGGAGGUUCACCCUCGGCAUGGCAGCAGAGUCAGUAUGGACAGCCUCAAAGUCAACAGAAUCAGCCCCAAUCACCGCAAUAUGGACAGGCACCUCAAUACGGACAACAACAGCCACAACCACAUUCCCCUCCAUGGCAAGCUCAACAGCAAUAUCCCCCUCCGCCAUCACCCUAUCGCCCUGUGAGUGCUCAGCCUGAACCAAUACCCUCACAACCUCAGUCUAGGCCACAGCCAGCACCAUUCAACCCAGAGGCCCAAUACAACGCCGACUUUACCAACGCAAAAGCCGCACUUCAAGCCCACCAGGCCCAAGCUGAACAGGAAGCAGCCCAAGCGAGGGCCAAUCUCGAAGCCCUCACGGCCCAGAGCGAGAUCCAAAUGGCCCAAGCCAGAGCCGAGAUGCAAGCAGCCGCAGAGAAAGAACAAGCCAAUCUAAGAGCCCAACUCCAAAGCCAAAGAUCCCAAUCUCAGGCUCACACCCAGCAGCUUGAGACGCAAUGGCGCGAAGCAGAGAAACUUGCGGCGCAGUACAAAGCGGAUUACGAGGCGCAGAUGAGACAGGCUGAGGCAGAUCUGGCCAGGAUGCGGAUUGAGGAGCAGAGCCAGGUGGAUCAGAUGGAGAAGUUGAGGGCUGAGGAGGCGAGGAAUCAUCAGCUUGCGGAAGAGGAGGUUGUGAAGGAGCAGCAGAGGCUGUUGGAUGAGAUUCAACGACAGAGAGAGCAGCAGCAGCAGCAGGGAAUGGAGGAGCAGAGGCCGCCUUUACCACCUAGGAUCAACACACAGAGAGAGGAAACUGCACCGCCUUUACCAACCAGACCUGUCUCUACAGUUAGCACCACAAAUCCUGGAUCACGACCGGUAUCAUACUAUCCACCUCCUCCAGCUCAAAGGAACUCGUAUCUUUCACCGCAGAGUCAAGCAGCUUCGAGUCCCUCACAGGGGUAUAUACCUCCGCCUCCCCCUGGACCUCCGCCUGCGCAAAGUACAAGUCCGAGUCAUGGUCCUUCGGGAGGAUAUGUAUCGCCUGCGCCAGUAUCUCCUGGGCAACCGUCGCAGCAGAUGCCUUAUCAUACUCCAUCGGUCUCAAGUCCACAGACACAAAAUUAUUCUUCCCGAGACCAGAUAAAUGCACAACGUUCGACAGAUACAACAGCUUCACCCCCAACAGCUCAAUAUCCCCCUCAAAGACAACCAGAGACUUCAUACUAUCCACCUCCCCCGGUUCAAAGCCCACCUCAACAACAACAACCUCCUUCUCCUGUCCCAUCUCACACUCAACCAUCAAAGCCACCUCGUGUCCGAACUCCUGGACCAACAGAGCAACAUGCCUGCGGCGCAAAAGUAGGCCUCGAGUGCUCAGCAACCUUAACGGCCUUCCCUCAACACUGGUUCUAUCACGCUGCUGUACCAGAGUUUGUCCUCUGCGCCCGGUGCUAUGUGGAAAGCAUAUACGAAACCAACUUCCGUGGCUCAUUUCGAAAAGUGUUUUACGACGACGGUGAAAGACGCAGGUGUCGCUUUGGAACGAGACGUGUCAAGGAGUCUUUACUCCCAGCAGCUAUUGAGUCGGGCAGUCUUGACCAGCUUAUCGAGUUCAUGGAGAAGAGAAUGACCAUCAAAGACUGCAGAGAACAGAACUUAACAGAAGGAGAGAUGUGGUACAGAGCGAAUGACAUUCCUCACGGGACAAUCUGCGAAGCGUGCUUUGAAGACGGUAUAAUCAUAUCGUCAUUUGCAAAGUACUAUUCACUUCAACCAAGCCAAGGCGGCGCCUACUGCGACUUGAGUGUGUGGUUCCUGAAGCGCAAAUUCAUGGACUACGCCAAGGAGAACAGAUGGGCCGAGUUCUGUCAAGAGUUCAACCAGCGCGCGCAACUACCGGAAUGUCCAAAGAUCAACACCGCCAGUGCCAACAGUCGCGCGUGGUACAAGCCCAACUAUGGACCGGAAGGACUACAAGCGUGCGUAGCGUGUUACCACGAUUACUUCUACGCUUCUGAGGAUCAAGGUAAAUGGCAGCAGGUCACCGGAGGAGACUUUGAGACGAGGUGUAGUCUUGGGCAGUUGAAUCAUGCUAUUCCCAUACAACAAGCUCUGGGUGAUGAAGAUAGGAGCCUUUUCUGGAAUGCGGCGCGAGAGAUGCACAAGUAUCCCUUCUGUGAUAAGGAGGGCACAAAGGGUAGUGUUUGGUACGUGCCUGUCAAUGACGACCGGUGGGGAAUAUGUGCAGCGUGCUAUGAGGGUAUCGUCAAGCCAAUUGGAGGAUCACGAUGGUUCGUCAAGGACACGAGUACCACGCCGGACGGGGUAUACCUCUGCGGCUUCAACCUCGGCCAUCCGCGAGCGCCCAAAGCCCUCGAGACAUACGUCAACGCACGUAACUGGGGAGAAAGCAAGCUUCUUCUCGACUGGGCCGCACAAUGGGGUCAAGUCGAGCCAUGCCAGGGAAUCAAGUUCCGCAAAAACAAGCCGUGGUGGGGAUGGGGCCUGUGUGCCAUAUGCGAAGAAUGCUACCUAUCCUUCGCGAAGGGCACGGCACUUGAACCUCGAUUUGCGCUCACAGGACCAGGGGGUCCUGAUAAGUCACGCAUGUGCGAUCUCUUCUCGCGGCGCAUGAGGGGGCUGUACACAGAAGCUUGCAGAACAGGAGAUCUUGAGGGCUUCUUGACCCUCGCGGAGCAACGGCACACGGUGUACUCGCAGACUAUAAUGCAGUGCAACCAGAUACUGAGCCAGCAGAGGUUAGCGGCGAUGCGGUCGCAGUACCUGGGCAUACAGGGGUCCUUCUACAAGAAUCUGGGGCGGACGCAUGAUUUGACUAUGGGACAUAGCUACACGGUUGGGAACUCGUAUGUUGGGUACGGGCACGCAAAUGAAUGGGUUGCGGAGGGAUAUGCGUAUGAUAGACAGUCGAGAGAGGCGGCGACUCAGGCUAUGGGUGGAGGGCCGGUUAUGAGAAUUCGGAUGCUGGAGGCGAGGUGGAAGGAGGUUGAGUAA